AUGCCCUCAAAGCAAAGUCACUACGACUCAAAGCAGACUCAAGGCAUGCGGCAAAUUAGACAAAAUAUCGAAGACGUUGGUAAACGAACGCAUGAGAUUUCACUCAAUUCUGGUACCACUGAGGACGAAGCUUUACACUCAGUUUCAGUGGCUUUCCUCGGUAAGUUAUUGCGUGGGAUCACACGACUUGGCGCUACCGGUCUUUCUGUGAUAGUGAAAUAUGGCGUGCAGCUCCGUAGAUUUGUUACCGUUCCGCGAAUCAAAAGUUUAAUACGGUCCUUGCUUCUCCGAAGUCUCAUAUCGGAAAGCUUCUCGACCAAUCAAAACGCUCCUCGACUUGAAAGGAAGAUUCUGAUUGGUUCCCGGCAGUCUGAAUGGUCAAAGGAAAACCCAGGCAGUAGAGUCGAAAGGAAAAAAAAACUUAUAUUAAAUACUCUUCUUCAACUUUCCCUUGCAGAGAACUCGGAUGGCCUGACGGCAUACAGAGAGCACACAGGCACGGAUGCCCCCCCAGACAUAGGGGCCAUCGCCUGCACCCCCGAAGGAAACGAGUGCGGUGAGGUCACCAACAGUGAAUGCAACAAGGCAACAUUGCAGUGCUAUUGCCCGACCUCUUACCCCAUCCAUGACUAUGAGAACCGCUACUGUGUAAGGGAGCCAGAUUCCGAGAGAACCGAUCCAUCUUCAACACCCCCAACCCCCGCCUGAUGAACGCCUCGCUGUUCAAAGACAGUAAGUUGCUGAGUCCCGCCCGUGGGGAGCGCCGGGGGUCCCGGGCCAGCGUGCGAGCCCCCUCUCGGGCCCCCUCUGUCACCUCCGUCAACGCCGCCUCCCGGUCUCCCAAUGGCUCUCUGGCCAAAGGAAGGCGGGGGAGCGCGCUGUCCGCCGUCUCCGCCACGGGCUCGGUGGCGGGCGCGGGCGGGGCCAAGACUCCCAGCCCCACCAAGAAGGAGGCGGAGACCACUGUCGCCAUCGAGACCGUGGACUAAGAAGUCCCAGCAAAAGGCGCCGCCGCCGCCGCCCGACGACGCCCUCCGAGCUCAACAGGCCCUGGGGGGAGGCGCCCGGACACACCACGCAGAAGGAUACGGCGGCGGCGGCAGGCGACGGGGGUGAGUGUCCCCUCCCCGCGGGCGUGGCGAGGGGCGGGGCGACUGGAUCCAGCCCAGCCAGGGCGCCGGGGGCCGUCGCCGCCCCGACCGCCACCGCCCCCCGUCGAGCGAGGGCGUCCGCACGGAGUUCGCCGUCGACCGCAGGUGCCGGGGCCGCGGGCUCUCUCUGGGCGCCCGGACACCUCUUCGCAAACUCUGAUGUAGGAUUCACAAUACAAAAUUGGAUAAAGCUCAACUGUAGGAGAUCGUGUGUGUUAGGGACCACGAGUUUAUCUGGAACUUUCUGAGAGAGAAAAAAAAGGAAAAAUAAUAAUAAUAAUAAUAAUAUAAUCUUUAAUCUAUAAUCAGCUACAAUUGAGGAAUGUGUUUCUUCUUAGCAUUCUCUUAAAAAUAUCAAUAUACUUAUGCAAGCUUUUUAUCAUUUACUAAAAGCAUCAUAUAUAUAUAAAUCUAGAUAUAAUCAUAUAUACCUACAUAGCAUAAUAACGAUGUGAGCAGCUGAGAUCACGAAGAUGAUACAAGUUCUUAAGUUAGCAAGAACAAGCGAGAUAAAGUAAGAGUUAAACCAUAAACAAAACCACUGUAUAAUGUCAGGGGAACUACAGCACGAUCACAUCCCUGAAGAUGCCUAAUGAACACUUUAAUGAACUCGUGGUAGAGCACACUAAGCCACGAACAGCUCGUCGAAAGAGAGAGCAUUUCCAUCAAUAUAUAUAAGCACUAAAGAAAUACCUAGUAAUACAACCUCCCGUCAACAAACACUUGGAUUUUUUAGAGAUUUUCCUCCAAAGAAGAGAGAAAAGACGAAAAAAAAGAGAGAGAAAAAAAUAAAAAUAACAAAAUCAAGGCGAAAUAUACCCCACUAGACACCAUGUGUUAUUCUUGUGUGCGUGGACAGACCAGGGCGACGUCGGUGCCCGCUGUUCGAAUAACGUCAGGUUCGAAUACUCGAGUGUUUGCAUCAUUCACGGAGGCUGCACGAGGACCUCCCGAACCUCCUGACAAAUCGGUGUCUCGAAGCUCCGGUCCCGCUGUACAUCUAUCACAGUAUUACACUGAAAUAUAAACAAUAUCAUCUUCUAUGCAGAUCGUGUGACCUUUUCAUGAACUCAAACCUGAAGUAGUGAAAGUAGAUGAAAAAAUAAAUACUGUUUCUAUUCAAAACAGGUCUGCCCGGAAGAUUUAAUAAAACUGAUAGAUAUUGUAGUUUGAAAUCUUAUCGAGUAGUGGUCCAGUUUGAUAUACAUAUUGGGAGUUUCUACAUAUAUAAAGUAAAUCAUUUAUUGUAUUUAUCAGAUAUGCAAUAGAAGAAUGUAGUCAAGUAGAGAUAUUCCUUUUGACGAGAUGCUAUCACGAGCCAAUAAAAAAAGAUCUAAAUAUUAUGAGAAACUUGGUCAGUUUAGGCCUGCCUGUAUUUCAUUAUGGUCAUUUCCUCCCCCUUUUUCGUGUCGUCUGUUUGGACAUGAGCUUCAAAGAUGUGUGUUGUUUUCUAGUGUCAGUCUAAAAAAAAACAAAAAAAAACGUUUUUUUCGUCAAGUAUUUUUUGAUCAAGUGAGGAAUACCUACACUUUCCCCUCCCAAGUCCAGGAUAAUAUAUAUAAAUAACUAAUAACUUCUAAGAAGAAUGGUAGAGUAAGAGUUUCUUCAAAUACCUGUUGUCGUCACUGACACGGCAACGGCGUUGUUGCAAACACUCUGAGAGCACGUGUCAACAGCGCCCCAUAAAGCUCGUUGUUGCACCAUCAUUCUUUCAGUGUACCACACAGCUGUCCCGCGGCCGCACAGAAAUCCUACUUUCUGGCGAGCAGCUUUCAAAAUCUUGUCUUUCACCGAACCCUGUAAACUAUGUGUACUUGUUCUCCUGCGUUGCAAAGUUUUGUUGUUCAUUUUUCUCUACGUGAAACACAUUUGAGCCUACAAUAUCACUGUCAUGGUAUCUCCGUUGGCGAGGAGGAAGGAGUCUGUGAUCCGGGAGAGAGGAAGAGCUAAAAAACCCAGAGCUACUGAAGGGUUUCUGUACACCUGAAGAGUGUGUAUAACAGCUACUGAUUGCCUUGAUAUCAUACCAUACUUGCAACUCCUAUAUUCUUCAGGGGUACAAUCUUUAUACCUUGUAGCUCUUGUAAAGCGCCUUCUUAUACAGAAAGUCCUUGUUGACGUUCGUUCUCGCGUACUUCAUCCGUAGUCGGACGGCAAUUUGGUGGUACAUAGCUCAAGCAACAAGUAGCGGACAGUUUUUGAUUUUGCAAUCUAGACUAGUAUAUCCUCCAGCACUUUCCAGUGAAGAUUCCAUUCCGAAUGCACAAUAAACCUAGAGUAGAUCUCGCACUGCUAAUACAUUAGUCGUAUUAAUAUAGGAUAUAGAAUACUCAAACUUUGUUUACAUUUUGACAUUCCCUGUAUGGAUUUAUUGACAUAUAUAUUAUAUAUUGCUUAGUGUGCUCUUCAAAAUUAGACUGAUUAGAGGAUAAUCACUUUAAUCAUAAUGUCUAGAAUACAUUUUAUGUGGCUGUAUCAUCAAUAAAAUAAGAAUACAACAAUGUACCUUACUCUCGUGUGUAUGUAUGGUUUUUCGACCGUACAGUAAAUCCUGCCGACAGUUCCACGCAUCCCCCUCCCGCUGAGCCAUUUGUCAAAGAAAACGUACAGAGGGGGCAGCGUUGGGACGGGCAACCUAAAGAAAAAAAAAUUGUAUUUCUUUGGAUUUUUAUUUUUUGAUCUUGCAGUGAAACAUUUUCACUCCUUCGACCCCCUUUUUUUCGGGAUAUAGAUAUGAUAAUGGAUAAACAAUCAUACCACAGAGGCGAGUGUUUUUCUUUGGCACUUAGUGCAGAGUGUGAGUAAUUCAUAUUGUUUCACGAGACAACGAGAAUUAAUCUGUAAAAAAAAAAUAUAUAUAUAUAUAUACUAGAUUCAUGUACUACCUUUACCCCGCUAUGAUGUAGAUACAGUUGCAAAUUUUCGUUCAUUUACGUAGAUAUUCCUUUUCGUAAGAAUGCCUUAGUUUUUAAUAGUUUUUAGUUGUUCUCCGCGAGGUUACAAAGCUUCAGUUCGCCAUUCAUAAAACAGGGGAAGUUAUAUGAAUGCGGACGUAGGGGAUCUGGUUUCAAUAUACAUUUCGUAAUGUUUCGUUGGUCUAUGAACUGUUAUCUUUCAUAUUUGAACUUCAUAUUCAAGGUUUUGAUGUAAUUUGAUGUAAUGUGACGAUUAAUUAAGAUUUGUGUAGUUUUUUUUUUUUUACGAUUUUUUUCUUUUCUUUUUUAACGACGCGAAGGUCAAUGCAAAUAGAGUUCGGUAAGGCGUGAGAUUUUUUCUUCUUUUUUGUCAAAAUAAGAAAAAACAAAACAAAAGCAGGUCAACCGAGCAGUUCCUGACCUAGGCCUUCUGGGUUGGACUGAAAAAAGAAAACAAAAAACUUACGCCCACUGAUCCCUUUCUCUCUAAGUGGGCGUGGGCGUGAGCGAAAGAGAGGCCAGGGUCUCCUUGGUUGUUUGGGUUCAGAAAAGAAGCAGAAACAAAGUAAGUUCGAAAGGUCCAUGCGCGCCCAGGGGAAGAGGUCGCGUCUGCAUCGUUCGAGGUCAAGCAAGGUCAUGAGAAGUCAUGCGCGAUGGGAGAAAAUAAAAACGAUAAAAAAGAUUAUAUUAAUGAGAGAAAAAAAAAUAGAGAGAUAGAAGGUAAUCAACACCUUUUUGGAAAAUAACGGAUUAGGAAUGAGGCAUUGACCUUCAGAAAACACACCCCAUAUUCAUGUUUUAUUUACACUUUGUUAGGGACUUAAUAGUUAUCUUUUUUCUUUCUUUCUUAUUUGUAUAUUAGUAUUUCAUUUCCCUCCGUUUUUUUAUCGCAUUUUCUAUGUAUCUCCGUGUACCGUAUCCGUUUCAGUUGACAAGCACAGUCGGUGAUACACACAUUCGGGUUGUACGCAGUAAGAAGACGUAAGAAUAAAGAAAACAGAAUAAGUUAACGGAUGAAAGAAACAGGAAAAGUAAUAAAAAGAUAGAGAUAGAGAAAUAACGAAGCAAUAGGUGAUGUAAGGGAUAAAGAUGUAUAUAGGCAAGAUAGGAGAGAAGAAAUAAAAGCUUUGAAAAAAGAAAACAAGACGGAGAAGAACAAAACGAACAGGAGAGGAGGAAAAGGGAAAGAGAAAGAGAGAAAAACGUCACACACCUCCUUGCAACGGUCUUAAUCAGCUCAAACUGUAUGUAUGUUAGACCCACGGCCAUAGCGACGCCGUGUUUGUUAAUCUUACCACUCUGCCUAACGAGCAAAAGUCAGACACGUAGCCUGUCUUUUAUGAAUGUUUGAUGUUUGUUUCUGUUCCUUGAAAUACAUAAAUACUCCUUUAAAAAAAUAAUAUAUAUAUUACCAAAAAAAAAAAAAGAAUUUCUUCUCUUACAUGUACAAAAAAAUACUAAUACUAAUAACGUAAAUCCGUAGGUCGCCUUUUUAUUAUUGAGAGCAGCCAAUAGCGGGUGCUUUUCAAGACUUGCCUCAUCGUGCAAAGAGUGAUAUAUCCCGUUUUCUAUAACUUUAAACACGCAAGGGGGUACCCGGUUGGAGAUUCCUCCGGCCGAUACCCCUCAUUUUGGGAGCUUUAUCCUUGUAUUGGUUAUUAACAGUCGAAUAAAAAGUUGCCACCAAAAAUCCA